CCAGAGUUCAAGUACGUGGGCAACAUGCACGGCAACGAGGCGGUGGGGCGUGAGCUGCUCAUCAACCUGGCGCAGUACCUGUGCGCCGAGUACAAGCGUGGCAACCGCACCAUCGUGAACCUCCUGCACACCACGCGCAUCCACAUCAUCCCCAGCAUGAACCCCGACGGGUUCGAGCUCGCCGCCAGCCAGGACGGCCCGGACAAGGACUGGUUGCUGGGACGGAACAACGCCCAGGGAGUGGACCUCAAUCGCAACUUCCCGGACCUGGAUCGCAUCGUGUACGCCAACGAGCGCACCGGCGGCGCCAACAACCACCUGCUGCACGACCUGCGUGCGCGCGUCGACAACGACCCCCGGAUGGCGCCCGAGACCAAGGCGAUGAUCCACUGGAUCAUGGACGUGCCGUUCGUGCUGUCGGCAAACCUGCACGGAGGAGACAUCGUGGCCAACUACCCGUACGACGAGACACGCACGGGCACCGACCAGCAGUACACGGCCUGCCCGGACGACGUGGUCUUCAAGAGCCUGGCGCUCGCCUACUCCCUGCCGCACCCGGUCAUGUCCAACCUGCGGCGCCCGCCCUGCGACAUGGAGGGGGACGAACGCUUCGUCAACGGCACCACCAACGGCGCGGCGUGGUACAGCGUGCCGGGAGGCAUGCAGGACUUCAACUACCUGAGCAGCAACUGCUUUGAGAUCACGCUGGAGCUGAGCUGCGAGAAGUUCCCGGCGGAGCGGGAACUGCGCCGCUACUGGCGCGAGAACCGCGACUCGCUCGUGAGCUACAUACAGCAGGUGCACCGUGGGAUCAAGGGGCUGGUGCGCGAUGAGAACGAGCGCGCCAUCGCCAACGCAACCAUCUCCGUCAAGGGCAUCGCUCACGACAUCACCACCGCGAGGGACGGUGACUACUGGCGCCUGCUGGUGCCCGGGGACUACCAGGUGACGGCGUCGGCGCCGGGCUUCCAGAGCGUCACCAAGAAGGUGGCGGUCGCUUACAGCCCCCCCACCAAGCUGAACUUCGACCUGACGUCCAACGCGCACCGCGAGGAGGAGAAGGAGGAGAUGCUCACGUGGUGGAAGAUGAUGUCCGAGACGCUCAACUUCUGAGACACAGCCAGGACGCGGAACGGCCACUGUGUGUACCCCCCCCCACCCACCCAGCCCCCCACUGCUUGUUUCCUUUCACCCCCCCCCACACACCCCCCCCACCCCCCCCCCCCGAAGUGUAAACCGCGUUGGCGAUGCUAAGCGCGGCGACGUGGAACGACGGGGUGUUGUUGUGCGUGCUUUCGCGAAUCUUUGCUCGCUUGCAGAGCGAGCGCGCGUUGGCGAGGGGGUUGAACGUCGUCAUUUCAGAGGGUCCCAGGGGAGAGAAGAACCCCCCCUCCCCUCCCCCCCUUUAUCCAAGGUGCGAGAGGUCCUCUAUUGCCAAUGGGACCUCUGUCCUGUCUCUGUUCCGGAAUUCCCCCUCUCAAAAGGCAUUCCUCUAUCCAUGGGAACCGAUUUAAGUGCAAGGGGGUUCCAGCCCCAGCGAGAACUGCCUGUCCAAAUGGACCCACCCCCCCCUCUGUCAGUCAAAGGAGACUCGUCAGCCACAUCAGAGGGGGGGUAGGUACUCAAUACUUGGCAGGGACCUCUCGUUUCAUGAUUUAAUAUCUGGGUCAGAUUUUCCACGCGAGUUAACUGCGUGUCGGACCGGUCCUGUCAAAUCCGAAAUCGGAAUCUUUUAUUUAGAGACUGCAGGAGGAGGAAUCCCAUGGGCGGUGACGCUCUCAUUAUCACGGUCAUGUCCAGUAUGGGCGGGCCAAUCGUAGGAGGACCAUCUGUCAAGGGGGUGGACCUGUCAAGGGGGACCGCUAUCCCUGUAUCCCGUGGGGGGGGGGGGGGGGGAGGUCGCUGUGGGGAAUCUGCGCGUGCUCUGGCCGCGUUCGCUGUGAAUGCAACGUGAUGGGAGAUGGAACCGAAAUGCCCCCUUGCCCCCGCGUGGUCGUGGUGGGUGGUGGCUGCUACCGCCGCUGCCACUGUUGUUGUUGUAUUCGUGGAGUGUUGCUGUAGGUGUGCAGUAUUAUUAUAAUAUAAUCACGUGGUUGUGUCACUUUAUAAUUUGUGGAGUUGUGUGUUUGUUUCCUUCUGCUCCCCCCCUCCCCCCCCGUGCAAUGAUGUCCUGGUGGUGAGAAAGGCCGCGCAGAUCGGGCCGAGUCGGAGGUUAUUUAACGUGUUGGCGCUUCUCGGAGAGAACGCACGCCGGGAGACGUUGGCGACAGCGCGUGGCCUGCGGUGAACCCUGUACCCCCUCACGUCCCCAAUGCUGUGCAUGCCCGCACCCCAUCUGCCCCCCCCCCCCCCCACCACCCACACCUCCCCACGCGCCAGGUCCCGACGGUUAGAACACGGCGAUCGUUCCGCCGGCCAGAGAGGUUCACACGCAGAGUGAAGAAGCGCCGGUCGGUGUCGUUUUAAAAAUUGACUUUAAUGAAUUUAACCGAAGGUGGUUUCUGUUCGUUCCACGUCGAGGGGCGUGCAUUGCGCGCUGAGGGGGCGGGGUGGGGUGGGGUCGUAAAGUGUCGCUCCGCGUGCAGUCAUCGUGCGAGCGCUGCCACGGCCGUGCCAACGCUCGGUCUCCGUCGUCUCGAUCCCUGAACUCGGGGUGGGGGGAGUUGGUGAGCCCGUGAACUGGCUCCAGUAACAGCGAGGGAUGCCUCCGGGUUUCCAGCAAGUACCAGACUUCGCUCCCCACCUAACCCCCCCCCCACCCCCCUCGACCGCUACCACCACCACCACCCCACCUUCCUCCGAUCACGAAAAACGCGGUCGUUGAUUGUAUCCGUUCACGAGUUCUGUGUAAACGCGUUAGACAAAUAAAUAGUGGCUCUGCUUUCCCUUU